CUUUCAGUGGACACCUCAUGCCAUGCCACCAUCACUAACCGCCACCGUCACUUAAUCAUUUCCAUCACUCUCCAACUCAUUUAUUUCCCACAACAACUUUUUUCAAACGUGAAACAACAACUAGAAUGAAGAAACCAGCGCUCAAGCCCGGGAGCCGGCCGCCGUGGGUGGGCUUAGCGGCUGCCGUGUGGGUGGAAAUGUCAGCUGGGAAUGCUUACAACUUUCCUUUAUAUUCAACUGCGUUGAAAUCGGUGAUGGGGUUUAAUCAGCAACAAGUUACAAUCUUGGGGGUGGCGAAUGAUAUUGGGGAAAAUGUUGGCUUGCUUCCGGGUAUUGCUUGCAACAAGUUCCCACCUUGGGCUGUUCUUCUUGUUGGUGUUGUGUUUUGUUUCUUGGGUUAUGGUGUUCUCUGUCUUGCUGUCAGUGAGACUGUCACUGGCUUGCCUUACUGGCUGUUAUUUCUUGCACUCGUUGUUGGCACUAAUAGCAAUGCAUGGUUUGGGACGGCAGUGCUAGUAACUAACAUGAGGAAUUUCCCCCUUAGUAGGGGCACUGUUGCUGGUAUCCUCAAAGGUUAUGUUGGGAUUAGUGCUGCAAUAUAUACUGCAUUAUACAGUAUGGUGCUUAAAGAGUCUGCAACGAGACUUUUACUGUUCCUGGCACUUGGAAUUCCCGUUAUAUGUUUAGUUAUGCUGUAUUUAAUCCGGGCGUGCACACCAGCUUCUGGAGAAGACUCUUCAGUGCAUGCCCAUUUUAUUUUUACCCAAGCAGCAAGUGUUUUUCUUGCCAUCUAUGUCACUAUAAUUUCGAUAACAAGUGAUGUCAUUUCUCUAAGUGAUACUGUUUCAUACAUAUUAAUUGCCAUAAUGGUUGUCUUGAUGAUGUCUCCUCUUGUGAUUCCUAUCAAAAUGACCCUUUUCCCUGCUAACACCAAUAAACCUACACCAGCGAGUUCUUCAGAUGAUUUGGUUCGACAAGGGGGUGAUUCAACUCAAACAGAUCCUUUGUUGACACCGUCUUCGUCUUUUUAUGAUAAUGAGGAUGAUGUCUCAGAUGUUGAGACACUACUUGCUGUUGGGGAGGGGGCAAUAAAGAAGAAACGGAGACCAAGGAGGGGGGAGGAUUUUAAGUUAGGUGAAGCCUUUAGGAAGGCUGAUUUCUGGCUUCUGUGGGCUGUGUACUUUCUUGGGGUUGGAUCUGGAGUCACAGUUCUCAACAAUUUGGCUCAAAUCGGGAUUGCAUUAGGAAUUGAUGACACUACAACAUUGUUGUGUGUCUUCAGCUUUUGCAAUUUUGCUGGACGUCUUGGCUCGGGUGCUGUUUCUGAAUAUUUUGUCAGAUCUAAGACAAUUCCACGGACAGUUUGGAUUACGAUCACGGAAUUAAUCAUGGUCUUCUUAUUCCUCCUCUAUGCAUCAUCUCUUAAUGGUACUCUCUAUGUCUAUGCUGCAACUGCGCUGCUUGGAGUCUGCUAUGGAAUUAUAUACUCUCUGAUGGUUCCAAUAGCCUCAGAGCUUUUUGGGUUGAAACAUUUUGGUAUUAUUUACAACUUUGUUCUGCUGGGAAAUCCCAUUGGUGCACUCCUUUUCUCCGGCAUUCUUGCUGGUUAUGUAUACGAUGCAGAAGCUGCCAAGCAAGGAAGUUCGACCUGCUUAGGUGCCGAGUGCUUCAGGCUCACCUUCCAGAUUCUAGCCGGCGUCUGUGGACUAGGAACCAUCUUGAGCACAAUUUUGACUAUUAGAAUACGACCAGUUUACCAAAUGCUUUAUGCUGGUGGUUCUUUUCGUCUGCCUCAAACAUCAGGCCACUGAUUGUCGAUAAUAAUAUUUAUCGUCCAGUAGAGGCAUGCCUAUUUUGUACCGGUAUGCUCUAUUUAUCUUAUUUUUGCUUCUCAGUGGGUGCCUGCAUUAGCCAUAUAUAUCGCAAUAUUCCUACAUUACAUGUAGUACAAUUUUGCCUGAGCUUGAAUAUCUGUAGUUUGUUGUAACUUCUUAAAACAAUCGCCAAGCUGCGGGAUACAUAGUGAAAUGAUGCUGUAUUAGCCUGUAAGGAUUAAGGAAUGCUGUAUUUCUUCUGUAAUCAUAUCUGAAGAUGCUUUAUUAUAAUCAGGG